AUGUCCGCACUUCAGGGACUAUCAAGUGUUGGAGAAAAUUAUGAGAAUAGUGAAUACGUAAAAAGAGCAUGCGACUUUUUGGUUUCCAAACAACGGGAGGAUGGUGGAUGGGGAGAAGAUUACAAGUCUUCUUCCGGCGUAGGGCAGUAUAUACAACACUCAAAUUCGCAAGUUGUUAAUACUGCUUGGGCAUUGCUCGGACUAAUGUAUGCUGAAUAUCCGUUUAGUGAUCCUAUUAGCAAUGGAAUUGAGCUUAUUAAGUCGAGGCAACUUCCAACGGGAGAGUGGAAGAAAGAAUCUUUUGAAAGAAUGUAUUCUAAUUUAUACGAAAGUGAUGAAAAUUAUGGUGUUUGGGAGAUAAUAUAA